GCCGCAGGAGCGGAGCCCGCAGCCGCCAUUAGACAAUAGGGAAGCGGCCGCCGCAGCAGCCAUCAGCGCGCUCGCCCGGGGCCCGCCGCAGCCGCAGCCGCACCGCUGCCCGCCCGGAGCGCAGGCCCGUCGGCGCAGGCAGGCAGGCAGGCAGGCGCCGGGAGGCCGCUGCCCUCGCUCGCCCCGUGGGGCCCGGCGGACCAGCCAGCCAGCGGGGCCUGCUGGGCUUGCGCCUCGGCCGAGCCACAAAGGCGGGCGGGCAGCCGCCGGAGCCCCGCCGCAGCCUGCCAUGAUGUUUCCCCAAAGCAGGCACUCGGGUUCCUCUCAUCUCCCUCAGCAGUUGAAAUUCACAACGUCAGAUUCCUGUGACCGCAUUAAAGACGAAUUCCAGUUGCUGCAGGCCCAGUACCACAGCCUGAAGUUGGAAUGUGAUAAGCUUGCAAGUGAGAAAUCAGAGAUGCAGCGUCAUUAUGUCAUGUAUUAUGAGAUGUCCUACGGGCUCAAUAUUGAAAUGCACAAACAGGCUGAAAUCGUCAAGCGGUUAAAUGGCAUUUGUGCUCAGGUCUUGCCAUACCUUUCACAAGAGCAUCAGCAGCAGGUCCUCGGAGCUAUCGAGCGAGCCAAGCAAGUGACGGCACCAGAGCUGAACUCCAUCAUCCGGCAGCAGCUCCAGGCUCAUCAGCUGUCCCAGCUCCAAGCUCUCGCCCUGCCCUUGACUCCACUGCCGGUGGGGCUGCAGCCCCCCUCUCUUCCCGCCGUCAGCGCCAGCACUGGGCUCCUCUCUCUGUCCGCCCUGGGUUCGCAAGCUCACCUCUCCAAGGAGGACAAGAACGGCCACGAUGGGGACGCCCACCAAGAUGACGACGGGGAGAAGUCGGAUUAGGCGGAUCAGGGGAUGGGGGGGAGUGAUCUGGCAUAGGGGGGAAGAGAGUGGCAUUAGGGGGAAGGGAAGGGUCAGUUAAAAACACUCAGUAAAACUUCAGAUGUUUGGAGAAGGGGGGGGGAGCAGUGGCCAUCCAAGUGGCCCCAUAGACGGCUUGGCAUCACCCACCUCUGCAGCAAUAACACUUUGGCCCACCCCCCUUUUCUUAUUCCAGGCACUUAGCAGUAGCCGUGGCACCAGCAGCACCUCUAAAGGCACCUGUGGUCAUUCUGGGCGCAUGGGGGCAGGGCAGGGUUGGAGCUUAACAUCUCCUUCCCCCUCGUAAAUUCCCUGUGUGAAUCUGGACGCUUCCAGCAAAACGCUAAUUUGUGGUUGCUACAUUUCUUCCUGCACUGACUUCCUGCUGCUCAGUACCAAGCUUCUUGGUCAGUGGUAUGCUACAGUCUUGAUUGUGGCUGGGGGCGGGGAGGGGUUAGAGCCCGCUCCACAGUCCCCAGCCAGGUCUCAUUUUCUUGGAAGAAAGCUGUACUAAAAGUAGUUAACUAGUAUAUAAAAUAUCAGAGGCAGAAGAGAGGGGGAAGAAUCCUCUGCAUUUUUGCUUUAUCCUGGGCUCCAGGGAAGUUGAGAGAGUCCACUUCUGGCUUUGGUAGGAGUCCAGUGCAAAUUCAGAGCAGUUGCAGAGUCAGCUUUGCAGCCCCACAGUGGCCCCUUGUCCCCUGCCCUCUCCCAACCCAGCCAGGUUGUCCAAGAGGGAGCCAGCAGGCCUUCCUUGCAUUUGGAUUUGCUGCAGUGCCGGCCAUGAAAUGUGCUCUUGUUAGGGGAAACAUAAGCAUUGUGGCUUGUUUGUGUGAAGAUCACCGAACCUAUAGUGCAGCGUGACUGAUUAAAAUACAAAUCAAAAGCCUCCCAGGGUAAAGUCUCAAACGAAUGCCCAAAGCCAGAUCAGUUUCUCAUGACAGUUCUGGUUUUUUCCAGCAGUGCCACUUGUAAAGUUACAGGGUCCUUGCUUGACCCCCACCCCACACAUGCACACACCAUGCCUGGGCGCUGUGGGUGUUCUCUGGUGGCAGCUUCCAUGCACUCCAGCGUGGCUUUGUUGAGCUUGGCACAACAAUUCCUCAGAGGAGGCAGGAAACCCCCAUGCCUUCCUGGAUCUGUAGCAGGGUAGGGUUUCAUCCUGCCUCCCUCUCCCCUCUUGCCCCCUGACCUCUGGCAGAAGACAAGCUGUCUCUGAUUCCUUCACUUGUUUGAAGACCGGCCUGCAUGGGUGUGGCCUACUUAGCAUGUACAAACAAGAACUGGAAAAUGGUUGGCUGGUGGGCAUCCUAGAAUUUGUUUGACCUGCUCCAGCCUUCCUUUGCCAUUCAUCUGACCUUUGGGACUAUGAGAAGCCUCCAGUGCGAAUCUAACCCACCUGGCCGCUCCCUGCCUCUUUGCCCUGCUACCAUGUUUGUGGUAGCUCCCUAAGAGCCCCCUUCGCUCCUCCAGUAUCCCCGCCUAGACUCUCCCUCUCUACCUGUCCCCCACCAGCACUGUUAGCUGACGAGCACCUUCCUCCUUCCGCAUGUAUCUUGUUUUAAAGUAGCACAGAAGCAAAAUUUAUAUAUAUAAAUAUAUUAGUUCUGUAUCUCUUCCCCCAUCCCCAGUAAAUCUCUUGAUGCUGUGUCAUCUUCCCUCCUGGUGAAUCUGGAAACUUUUGAACCUUUGCAACUUAUAACAGUUGACCCCCUUUUCAAUAUGUCAUGGAUGGAGGGGGAAGGAGGAAGGGAUUUCGAAGAAGAAUUUUUUCCCUUCCACCCACCUUCCAUUGAUGGUUUUAUUUUUAAAUGAUGCCGCAGCUUUCUCUUUCUGUACGCUAGCUUGACCUUUUUUUUUGUUUUCAAUUAACAAGAGAAAUUUUAAGGGGAAAAAAAAGAGAAUUUCGUGUUUGUAUAUAUUCCUUUUAGAGAGAAAGAGAGCGAGAGAGCUUGUUUGCUUCAUGUGUUUAUUAAUCACUUGACCUAUAUUAAGAGGAACUGAGAGAAAAUAAUUCUGUAUUGAGGAUGUAUUAGCUGUGCCUUUCAAAUAAAGAAAUCAGAUGGUU